AAGAAAAAGAAUCAGGCGAGUACAUUUCGGAUCCCAAAACUUACUCUCAAUCGCGCUCUCUUAUCUUUCGAUCUCUUCGCUAAAAUUUUCAAUUUCCAAACCCUAAUUUUCCCCCAGAUUUCCCCCUCUUAUCUUUAUUUACCCAAUAGAUCCUUCAACUUUUCCUAAUUUUCCCUUUUUUUUCUCUUUCAUUAUUUCCAAAAAACCCUAGAUCCGUACGACAUUCGAUUUCCCUGAAAUUGGGAAUUUUGGUUCUCAAUCGGUCUAGGUUUUCUAAUUUUUUCACUCUGCAAAUCAAUUUCUCUUUUCGGAAACCCUAGCUCCCAAUUUGUAUGUAUGACUUCAGAUGCUAAAGGUUUGAAUUUUAGAGAGAGGCUUCGUUGGGGCGACGGUACCAAAGUUUAUACCCGAAAAAAGCAUAGGAUCCAGAAGAAGGAUAGCAGUAACAACGACGUUUCUCCGGCGACCGCCGCCGCCGCCGUAGAAGAAGCCGUAGACGUAGCCGUAUUGGACACCAAUGUAUGCGAUGAAAAGAGCAAGCUUUACGAAAAUAAUAAUGUUUCGCAGCCAAUUUCACAAACCCUAGAGGCAGAUGGGCACGGUAGCUGUGGAGGAGCGGCGGUUUCAGAUGGAGGAGACGGUGGCGCUACGAUGGAGGGUAACCGGGAGGUAGCCCCGGAAGGCAGUUGUGGUGGUCUGCCUAAUCAUGAAGAAGGAUCACAACCUAGGGAGGAUCUUGAGGUGGCUAAUAGGUUGGUUAAACCGGUAAUUUCUAGACUUGAAGAUAGGGUUAGGAUUAGUUUAACUGGGGCAAGGUCGGGAAUUGAGAUUAGAGAUCUUAGAAGGACGCUAGAGAGGGAGCUCGAUCAUGUUAGGAGUUUUGCGAAGAAACUUGAAGCUAAGGAGUUUCAGCUGACUUCGCGUAACAUUGGUAACAAUGGUAGUGUUGUUGCUGUUCCUGGUGAUGCCGUUGUCUCCCAUAGUUAUCCACAAUAUAUGGGUAGUGACAAUUUGCUCAACAGUAGGUCUUUAGUGCGAGUGCAUUCAGAGGUAGGUUCAGUGGGGCAUAUCCAACCAAGACCAUUCCGUCCACCUCGUCUUGCAGUUGUUGUAAACAACCACGCGGUUGGUGAAUUUGUGGAGAAGGAGAAGAGGACCCCGAAGGCUAAUCCGUAUUACAAGAAUUCCGAGUUCCUUCUCGGAAAGGACAGACUACCUUCCGAAAGCAGUAAAAAAUUGAAAACCAACGGGAGUGGGAGUGUAUCAAAGUACGGAUUUGCAUUUGGGUUUGGAACAUUUGAUAAGCAUAGAAAACAACUGUUUCGAAGUUGUAGUGACCUGCUUCAGAGGUUAAUGAAACAUAAGCAUGGUUGGGUGUUCAAUGAGCCGGUAAAUGUAGAGGCUCUUGGGCUCCAUGAUUAUCAUGAUAUAAUUAAGCAUCCUAUGGAUUUGGGCACUAUUAAGAAUAGGCUAUCCCAGAAUUGGUACAAGUCUCCGAAGGAAUUCGCAGAGGAUAUAAGACUUGUCUUUAGCAAUGCCAUGACUUAUAACCCUAAAGGGCAGGAUGUUCAUGUAAUGGCCGAACAGUUGUCACAGAUUUUUGAAGAGAGGUGGGCUGCUAUAGAGGCCAAGUAUAAUCCAGGGUGGAGGUAUCAAAUGUAUCAUGAUGCAGGCUUGCCCACUCCCACUUCAAGGAGGGCCCAUCUUCCUCAUCCUUUUGUCCAUGAACCUGUGCCUUAUCAUACACUUACACAUUCUCCUCGAGCAAGGACUUUAGAAAGGUCUGAGUCAAUUACUGGGGCAGCUGAUGCGAAUAAGAAGCCCUUCAUUUUCUCUCAUGUUGGUAGGACACCAGUUCCCAAGAAACCUAAAGCAAAGGAUCCCAAUAAGAGGGACAUGACGUAUGAAGAAAAGCAGAAACUUAGUAAAAAUCUUGAGAAUUUACCUUCAGAAAAGCUUGAUGCAAUUGUUCAGAUCAUUAAGAAGAGGAGCACAGCACUUAAUCAGAAUAACGAUGAGAUUGAAGUAGACAUAGACAGUGUUGAUGCAGAAACUCUAUGGGAGCUGGAUAGGUUUGUGACAAAUUACAAAAAGAGUCUGAGCAAGAAUAAGAGGAAAGCUGAACUUGCCCUUCAAUCCAGAGCAAGAGCUGCUCAAAGUGCUCCUGCUGCAAGUUCCGGCCCAAUGGUUGCUGAUGCACUAAAAGAAAGCAGACCUGGUGAAAUGCAUACUAGUGCUCCUUCUACCAAUGCAGAAGGUGGGAGACCAGUGGAUAAUGCAAGCAGUUCCAGCAGCUCAAGCAGUUCUAGCAGUGAUUCAGGAUCAUCCUCCAGUGAUUCUGAUAGCGAUAGUUCAUCUACGUGUGGAUCGGAUGCAGGGCAUUGACUUAGGAUGUGAAGGGAUGUUGGAAUUUUGCAGGAGUUCUUCAGGAAUGUGUUGGGACAGACAUCUUGGUAAUCCCUUGUCUGAAGGGUGUUUCUUUGUGCUUCGCCCAUGGUUCUUCCAAGAACUUCAAGUUUGAGUCAUGAAGUGCUGGUCCUUGAUGAUACUGGAAAGGCGUAAAGGGAUCAUUCAUUUUUACCAUCGUUUAACUUGUAUAUCUAUAUCGAUACAAGGUGGUUUCUGUGUCGAAACUGAAUACUAAAUCAGAUUGGGUACGGGGAUGAUGGGAGAAAUGCAGCACCUGUACAUAGCCAAGAUUGCUUGACCAGUUUGAGUGGAAAAAAUCUUGUGUUGGGAUUUUAUUCAUUUGAUUACACUGCUGCUAGAGCUACUAGGCAUGAUUGUGUGAGUUCCUGCAACUGCCUGGGUGUACAAAAACAUGUGCAGUUAAUGGUAGGAUAACAUGUAUUAUCGUAUUGUAUAGUAUAAACCUAAGUUGCUCGGACUCAGGUGCAGGUGUCCGAUACAGGUGCAAAUUUAGAUGGUGGAAUGGAUCCUUCAUGAUCUAAAUUAUAAGAUUUGGGGUUAUGGAUUC